GUCAUUCUGCGAUAGGUUCAGGGGCAAAGCCGGAAAGACAAAAUCUGCACAACGGGACGGUCUCCCCUCUCUCCCUCCCACCUGGUUCUACCGCCGCCAGGCCCGCCACCGUCGGCGACCUCACCGCCGGCGCUUCCUCAUUCCGCUGAAGCCCUUUUCCUCGUCGGGGCACUCCUCCCCCCCCCCUCCUCCCAGACAUCUGCUUGGAAGGUACCGGCGUGGGGCGGGGAUCCGUUCGGACUUGGAUCGGCGCCUCCGUUUCCUCGCCCUUCUUCUUCGUCCUAGCGCGCGAGGCCGAUCUACAUCUACCCUAGGCGCUGGGCGUCGGCGGGCGCGUGCUCCCGUUCACGGAGGGAUGGACAAGCUGGUGCAGUUCGGGAGGAAGGCAUGGUUCAUCGUGCGCGUGAUGUCCGGCUACGAGGAGAGGCGGAUCCGAUCCUACAGGCUGCAGCUGCAGAAGCGCCUCGAGAUGGCCCAAGCUAGGAAGGAAGAGCUGCGGAAACAGCCAGAAAAAGUUAUCUUGUCAGAGGUUCGUCAAGUGGUUCAGCAGAUGCAAGCUCUCAAUCAGCAUCUUGAAGAAGCUGAAACUUCCAUAGAUGAAUACUUCAAACCAAUUGACAAGAAUGCUAAGAUCAUAACAAAUAUGCAGUUGGAGAAAGAAGAAAAGCAAAUGAAGGAGAUGGCGAAAGUUAUGCAAGAGCAAAUAAAAAUGCAAAGAGAAAUCGCAAUGAAAAGAGAUGAUGCCGCCAGCCUAGAGUCUAAGGAAGCUCAAGUGAGUGAAAAAACAGCUGAAAUCCCUCUGAAACAAGAGACUGUAAAAUAGAUACUAUGUAUUUUUCCUUUUCUCAGGAAGUUAGUGUAUGUGUGCAUACUCUUUGCACUCGUUUUGGGCUAGGUAAUAAGUAUGCUUACAUACUUCUCAGAGGCUAUUCUUUACAUACUUCCUUUUCAUUUUUCUAUUACCAUGGAAGAUUUGUUUGGCCCGAUGAUGGGCUAUGAGAUGGAUUGAUGGAAUAGUGUUCUGAGCAUUAACAUGCUACUUUAUCUCUA